UCCAUCAUAAGCCGAUUGCGCAUUAGUGGGAUUUCAAUUUCUCCUUAAAAUCCCUAGACCCUUGAAUUAACGGACACCGACUUGUCCUUCACCAUUGUCGCUUUCCCUUACCGUCGCCAAGAAGCCCUAUAGCUGCCUUUGCUACCCCUCUGCCUAACUGCCUUGUUUACGUCUCCGGCGCUGUUCACUGUGGCUGAGGGCAUGGCAUCUUCAGAUGACGAGGCUGAUGCUGGGCCAAGAUCUGUCUCAAACUACUAUUUUGUGGAUGAUGAAGAUGCACCAACUUCAUUCUCAGUGUUACCAUUUGAUUGGAGCGAAAGUGAGAGUGUCAAAGAGGUGGAAAAGCAACAGAUAUUCUUGCAAGGGAGUGUAGACAAUGGACUUCAGACCAUACACAAGGAAGUCAAAGCAUGGAAAUUUGAUCUCUUGAAUGAAAUUCCACUUAUAUCAGUGCUCACAAAGGAGAAUAAUUGGAUCAAACUGGAAAAGCCGAGGAAGAGCUUUGAGGAAAUAAUAAGGACAGUGUUGAUUACAGUGCACUGUCUUCAUUUUACAAGGAGGAAUCCAGAGGCAUCUGGUAAAUCUGUGUGGGACCACUUGUGCAGAGUUUUCAGCUUAUACGAGGUUAGACCUUCUCUAAAUGAUUUGGUGGACCACAUGGCUUUAAUAUCUGAAGCUGUUAAACGGGAUGAUUGGUUAGGGAAGUCCAAGUUUCUACUCUCACUUGUUGAGGAAAAACCAAAGAAGAGAAAGCUCUCUGAUGAGUUUCUACUCUCACUUGUUGAGGAAAAACCAAAGAAGAGAAAGCUCUCUGAUGAGGUUAUAUAUUCUUUUGCACUGGAUGUUAAGUCUACUGCUCUAUCUGCAUUUAUAGUUGAUGAUGACAUCCUUGAAGAUGCAGUAGAGAAUGAGUCUGAUGAAGAUGAGGAGUUGUUUGAUUCUGUUUGUACAUUUUGUGAUAAUGGUGGCAACCUUCUAUGCUGUGAAGGGAGUUGUAUGAGAUCAUUUCAUCCAACUUUUAAUGAUGGGGUAGAGUCUAAGUGUGAGUCUCUUGGCUUUACACAGCGGGAAGUUGAUGCAAUUGAGAGGUUUUUGUGUAAGAAUUGUGAAUAUAACAAACAUCAGUGCUUUGCUUGUGGAGAGUUGGGUUCCUCUGAUAAAUCUUCUGGUGCUGAGGUGUUUCGUUGUGCUAAUGCAACCUGCGGUUACUUUUAUCACCCACGUUGUAUUGCAAAGUUAGUUCAACAAGAGGAUGAAGUUGCUGUUGAGGAGCUUGAGAAAAAAGUUGCUAGAGGGGAGCCUUUUACUUGCCCCAUUCAUAAGUGCUGCGUUUGUAGAAAAGGAGAGAAUAAGAAGAUCAAGGAGCUACAAUUUGCUGUAUGCAGGCGGUGUCCCACAUCAUACCACCGAAAAUGCUUGCCAAAGGAGAUAGUAUUUGAAAAGAAAGAAGCAGCCAAAGGAGAAGGGGAAGAAGAAGAAGGGGAAGAAGAAGAAGAAGAAGAAGGGGAAGAAGAAGAAGAAGAAGGGGAAGCAGCAAGAGCAUGGGAGGAUCUCUUGCCAAACCGUAUACUAAUAUAUUGCUUAAAACAUGAGAUCGUUGAGCACCUUGGAACUCCGGUUAGAGACAUAAGGUUUCCUGAUGUGGAGGGAAAAAAUAAAAAGCGGAUGUUAGAGUUGCCUGGAAGCUCAAGGAAAGUUUUGGCAAAGAAAAGAAGGCUUACAUCAGAAGAUUCAUUUUCAGCAAAAACUGCUGCUAAAGCACCUGAACACUCAUAUUCUGGUGUGAGAAAGUUUGCAAGUGCUGACAAAAGUGAAAAAAUAUUAUCUGGAUCAAAUUCCUUGAGGAAAGCAAAAAAAAAUGAUGCAUUCAGGAAGACUUUUAAGGAAAAAACAAAGUGUAACUCAACAGAGGUGGAUAGGUCUGCAACAACUACAGUAAACAAGAUGUCACUGGGUGACAGAUUAUAUAGUUUGAUGACAAAAAGGUCCGGACAAGGUAAACUCCAGAAGCAAGAUGAAGAUAAAAGUGUGACGGUUAAGACUUCUGCCAGGAAGUUAAGCAGUGAAAUACCUGCAUUGGAUGCUGAAACAGAAAAGAGAAUAUUGGCUUUAAUAAAAGAGUCUGCAUCAUCAAUCACUUUGGAUGAUGUUAAGAAAAAGCAUGAAGUUCCAUCUACACAUGCAUACUCAUCAAAAACUGUUGUUGACAAGACCAUUACAGCAGGAAAGGUGGAGGGUACAGUUGAGGCUGUUAGGACAGCUUUAAGGAAGCUUGAAGAUGGCUGCAGCACUGAAGAUGCGAAAGCUGUUUGUGAACCAGAGGUUCUGAAUCAGGUUUUUAGGUGGAAGAAUAAGCUCAGAGUGUAUCUUGCGCCGUUUCUAUAUGGAAUGCGAUAUACAUCAUUUGGCCGCCAUUUCACAAAAGUGGAGAAGCUCAAAGAGAUUGUCAAUGUGCUCCACUGGUAUGUACAAGAUGGUGAUAUGGUUGUUGAUUUCUGUUGUGGUGCGAAUGAUUUCAGUUGUCUCAUGAAAAAGAAGCUUGAAGAGACAGGAAAGAAGUGCUCAUAUAAAAACUAUGAUGUUUUUCAACCAAAGAACGAUUUCAAUUUUGAGAAGAGGGAUUGGAUGACUGUUCGUCCAGAUGAGCUGCCAAAAAGGGGUUCACAGUUGAUAAUGGGACUAAACCCUCCUUUCGGGGUUAAAGCAGCUUUGGCCAACAAGUUCAUUGACAAGGCUCUUGAAUUUAGACCUAAACUCCUUAUUCUGAUUGUUCCGCCGGAAACCGAAAGGUUAGACAAAAAGCAUACACCUUAUGAUCUUGUUUGGGAGGAUGAUCAUUUUUUGUCAGGGAAGUCAUUUUAUCUACCUGGCUCUGUUGAUGAGAAUGACAAACAAAUGGAACAGUGGAACGUGACUGCCCCGCCUCUUUAUCUUUGGAGCAGACCCGAUUGGACUGUAAGGCACAAGGCCAUAUCUAAAAAGCAUGAUCAUUUAUCUAUGCGAAAGGGAGAAUCUGAUUUGGUCAAAAGUUGCCUUGAAACAAAAAUCCCUGAUCAUACAGUGGAAAUCCACUGUCACAAUGCUGAUACUGCAGAAGUGACAGGUGAUCUUUCCGUGGAACAUAAAGAAAAAUCAAAUCAUGAGGGACCUGUGGUUGGGGGUCGUAAAGAAUGCUCUCAUAAGAGUGGUGAUAGAGAAAGCCAAGAUAGUCAUGGCCCUGAGAGAAGCCGGUCUAAGGAGGAGACUUCAAGGAAGAUUAAGCAUAGUGAAGAUAAGACCAGCAAAGGAGCAGUUGAAAAAUUACCCAGUAACAGAUGGAAAGGUGGAACAUCUCCUGGAAGUGAUAUGUACAAGGUAAUGCCUCAUUGUUCCCCGACCAAUGUGGUCAAUGGUAGAUCCAGGCAGGAAGUUCCCCCAUCUAGAUCUGUCGAAAUGCCCAUGAACGGAGACGUUCGUGAAAAUAGUUUGCCAAAUUUGGAGUCGGGUAUGCCUAGCUCACGUAUGCCAUAUGGAAUGGCUUGUGGUGGGAGUGCAUCCUACAUUCAUGAAGAUGUGGGAAGGAAAUACAGCAUGGACAGUAUAGAGUAUUCACAUAGCAUUCAUGGAUUUUCUCAUGCCAACAUGGAGGAACAGUCAACAGGGAACAUGAGAGAAAGUGCAGAGAGUUUUAGUUAUAGAUCAUAUAUGACAGAAUUAGAAAGGGGACCAGAUAUGCGAUCGCAAAUUCGAGCUUAUGGGCAAGAUGUUGAUUCUUCCGUCCAAAGAAAUUAUCUGGGUGGUCAUGAACCCGGAUACGGUCAAAUGGGAUCGCUUUCAUCAAUCCCUUAUGGGCACAUGGGUCCAGCUGUAGAGUCGUCUUAUAGGAUGAACAUGUCUGCAAUGCAGCGAUACGCACCUCGGCUGGAUGAAUUGAACCAUACAAGGAUGAAUGACUUUGGUCCUGAUCCGUCCAUGUUGAACCGAAACAAUGCCUUGUACGAUCCAAGAGCACCUCGACCAGGCGUUCCUGGCAACCAUGGUGACUCGAUGGGGUUUGCUCCAGGUCCUCAGCACCUUUAUCCCCAUAACUCAGCAGGUUGGCUUAAUGAAUAGUAAAAUUUUGAAAUUGUAGGCCUUAAAAUUUAGUUAUGGGAUAAUACAGGUGGUUUUCUUUUUGGCAGUUAUAUUGUAAGAUAAUUUUGUGCAUGGUAGCUGGAAGUGGUUCUGCAGCUUUCCAAACAAUUCUAAGAAUGAUAAAUAAAGUAUUUACGUCUAAUUUCGUUUCGUUAA